UCAGUGGGGUAGGAGGGGUCUAGUACUACUGCUGUUAUGUCAGAGAUUAGAGCAUUUAUAAAGCCAGUAAUCACAAUGCUUUUGUCAGUUUGUUCCAACCUGCAGUGCAGGAGAAGAAAAGGGAUGUUUCAUAUUUAAGGUGGAAAGGAAGCGUGCACACUUAGGACAUGAGGAGAGGGACAGCUCUUGCAGUGUUGGUGCUGGCACUUUUUUCAUCUGCUACAGCAAAGCCCAAAAGUCGCUUCACACGAUAUCCAUCAUGGAAUAUGAAAAUGUAUCCAGUCUGGAAAGAUGAAGAUCCUCGGUACAAAGACUUUUGGAAAGAGUUUGAAGAUAGGGCAAGUGGACAAUGCUGUGAUCAAGAUGGAUGAAUCUGAGGUUGAACGAAACGUAGUGGAUCUAACUGUCACCUGCCAAGGGAGCCUUCCCACAGAGGUGUGCACGGUGGUGUCUGAUGCAGACUGUUUUAUGCCCAUCCACACCAUGUGUAACACAGUGGCCCCCUCUAAUGAGUGCCAGCUGGUACUGCGUCACUUUUUCAAUGACUCCGGCAUCUUCUGUAUCAACGUGUCCAUGACCAACGAUGUCAGUCUGGCAGUCACCAGCGCCAAAUAUAGCAUGACCGUGGACGAUUCAAAGCCUACCUUCCUCUGAAGGAGGAGUCUGUGGUUGGCUCCACCUCCCAGAGCAGUCCUGGUUGGAGCUCUGGGCCUCUACUGUUCUGGAACCUUCUGAGUCGAUGGGACCUUAUAGAGAACAGCCCACUGCUCGAUGACAGGCUGGUGUGAAUGGAAAACAACCCAUUCAACUGCCAAAUACACAACAGCAUAGAAACAUCUGUCAUCUGAAAUGUUUAGCUUUUUCUUUAAUCGAUUUUUUAUACAUUUAUUUUUUAACUGAAAGUUCAUUAAUGGAUAUAAUUUGGCUUAUUACCAUCAAACUUAAAUGUGCAUCCUCAAAUAUUUAUACUGGAAGUUUUAUCAGUGAAUAGUAUUGUAAACUACUGUGAAGUCAGACAUUUACAUGUAUUUUCCCCAUUAAAAUCCAAAACUGUACUAUUGUCUUUCUUUUUGUCAAGAUGUGGUGAAUAAAGUCCAAGAGCACAAAUA